AUGACCACAGAGCAGGCCAUCGCGAUCCUCUCCUCCGUCUGGUCGCCUAACGUCCGCAUGUGGAAGUACAAGGGCUGCCAGUUCGGCGACGAUCCUCACCUGUGGCCGCCGGGCAUCCUGUCCGCCCUCGCCGCGCUCGCGCAGACGGCCGGACCCAACUACCGCGUUCGCGCCAUGCAGAUCGUCGCCGCAGUCAUGGGCAGAACCGUGACGGCAUCUACGGAGCACAUCGUCAAGGCUACUGAGCUGCUUAGGGCUGAAAAAAUGCGCCCGCCCCAAGUCCAGCCCGUUCGCGGUUCUGCUAUGGCCAACUACAACCAGUCUCCUGCCGAUCAGAAGGAGAAGGAGGUUGCGGACCUGCGGGAGGAGGUCAAAACGGCCAAGAAGGCUGCACAGGAACAGCUGAUGGAGAAGCAGAAGCAGAUUGAUGCUAUGGAGAUGAAGUGGUUCGACAUGGAUGCAACCUUGUCGGUUGUUGCUACCGAUCGCGACAUGUUCAAGAUGUACUGGGAAGUGGCUGAGAUCUACAAGACGCGUCUGGAAAGGGAGAAUAGCGAGCUGAAGCAGGCGUUGCAGGAGAAGGAUGCCUACAUCACUGAGGCGGUCCGUGAGCGGGAUCAGGCUAUUGGUAGGGUUGAAGAGUUGGAGCGGGAGCUCAUGGGAAUCUGCAAGACAGGCGGAGAUGCGUGA